GGUUAAAAUUCUGAGGAUUUAUUUUUUAUUGUUUACUUUUAUGGCUGGAAACAGAUCUAUUUCACGAUAAACGAAUCAACAAAAAGUCGAUUUACUCCCUUAUUAUGAAUUCCGCGUAUCAAAAUUAAUCUGUACAUACAUAUUCUGCGGUUGGACAAAUUGACUGAAAUGGCUCGAUGACGGAGCUGGUGUCAUUCAGUAUUCAGCGUGAAGUACAGCUGAGGUUUCUGUCACCAGCAGAUAUACCAGAGGUGAAGAAACUAUGUGCAGAAUGGUUCCCAAUAGAAUAUCCUGAUGUUUGGUACCAAGAAAUAGCCUCAAAUCCAAAGUUCUAUUCCUUAGCGGCAACUUACCACUCAAACAUUAUUGGCUUGAUUGUUUGUGAGAUUAAACAGAAAUCCAAACUCAAUAAAGAGGAUGCUGAUAUUCUGGCUCCAUCAUUUGCGAGCACGUCACAAGUGGCAUACAUUUUGAGUCUAGGUGUUGUAAUAGACUUCAGAAACCAUGGCAUAGGUUCUCUAUUACUGGACAGUUUAUUAUCAUAUCUGACUACAAAGGAGCGCUGUAACUGUAAAGCUGCCUACCUCCAUGUAUUAUCUACAAAUCAAACAGCGAUAAGAUUUUACGAGCGCCGGAACUUCGGUGCCCACAGUUAUCUCCCCUACUAUUACUCAAUCCAGGGAAAACCAAGAGAUGGAUACUCAUAUGUUCUAUAUAUAAAUGGAGGGAAACCACCCUGGUCGUUAUUUGAUUAUAUGAGUCACUGUGGCUCCCUGUUAACGAAGCUCCAACCCUGUGCACUUCCUCGUCAGAUAAUGCGGACUGUGAGGCGGUGUUUCUGUCGUAUUCUUAGUGCAGGGGGUGCGGAAACUGCCAACAGCUAUGUCUCAUGAAGGAGGUACAAGAGCCAGUUGGAUUUCAGUAUAUAGAACAAAGUUGUUCCCAUAGCAACUGAUACAUUUUCAAAGUUUAUAUUAUUUUUAUUUAUUCUGUUGUGAAAAUGUGUGGUAUAGAGUUUUUUUAGAUUUUAUAACCGUCCUUUUAAUAAGUGCAAGAUCUCUGUUGUAAUUGGCCAUGGGUAUAGCAUUUAUGCUGCAGCAAGUAUGCACUUCAGUGAACCAUUGCAAUAAAAUAAUGUGCAUAAUUUGGUCGGUAAUGCAAAGGGAGAAAAAACUGAAUUUAGGUAUAUUUAAUGUAAAUUAUUGAAAUGUGUAUGACAGGACAAAAUGAAGCGAAUGUGCACUUUGUUGUUGUUUUCACCAAACGUGUUGAUACUUUCCUCGGCAAUAUGUAAUAACAUGAAACAGGGAUGUUGCAUUUUGUAUAUUUUCUUCUUUUUUAUUUAAAAGUGAAUACACACUAUAAUUCAAUUUCUGAUGAAUAAAUUUUGAUAAUCAUAACACUACCAGUGGGGUGGGGGGGAUUCAUACUUUGGUUUAUAGUAUUUUUUGCAGCAUGUAUCUCUC